AUGAAGGUUCCGAAUUCCACUGGUGCAGAUGCAGCACGUAUGAGCAUGGAAGGGGCGCUGGAAAGGAAAAAUCUACCUGUUGGAAAAGAUGGUGUAAUGGCUUGCUCGGGUUACCUUUCAACUGGGUUGGCUGCGGAAAGUAUUUCUCCAGGACAUUUUUGGGAAACGGCUGGGAAAGAUGUACAUCCAGAAUUCCCUGAUGAUGUUCACCAACCAAACAAUGGUACUAUGUCGUCAAUCAUAAGCAAAACAAGGUCGUGUACCUUCCAAGAAAACGGGGACAUUAGUUCAAAGGAAGAUGAAACAGAUCGGUACACAAAUAUUCCCAGUAGGAGCAAUGACUAUAGGAUGGAGGAAAGGGAGGAGUCGCAGAUGGAGAAGAAGACAGGAUCCAGGCAGUUCUCUCGGCAAAUCGUCACCCUGCUUGGUGGAUGUUUCAACAUCUUCGUUUGUCUUGUGAAUGGUUUCCUUAUCCAGAGGUUUGGUAUCCGAGCAGUGAUGUGUUCAGGCAGCAUCUUGGCUUCUCUUGGACUGUUUGCCAGCUGGUUUUCAACAGGUUACAUCUUCACUGUUAUAUCUGUCGGCAUGGUAAUGGGUUGGGGAUCCAGCAUGAUGUAUCUAUCAAACAUGGUCAUCGUAACAUUGGCAUUUCGUGACCCAAGAGCCAAGGGCUUUGCAUUAGCACUACUGACGUCAUCGGGUGGGCUUGGGUCAAUAAUUUUCCCAAAUAUCUUGCAGGAAUUCAAAAAGGAAUUUGGCUGGAGGGGGGCACUUCUUAUAAUAAGUGGUGUUUACCUGAAUGUUGCUUUAUCAGGUCUUCUAGUAACGUCAUCACUUGGCGUACCACCUACAUCUUGGAUCCAAAACAAGACAAAUGCCAAGGCCACAUCUAAAUAUCGCCGACUGUUGGAUCCCUUAUAUGGGGCUUACUUGUUGUGUGCCUUGAUAGGGUUUGGUUCCUACUCGGCAACUCUCUUGAUUGCAGUUGACUUUGGCAUCUCAAGGGGCCUGUCUGCAGAAACGGGAAUAAUGUUGUUGUUGAUAAUCAAUGGGACAAGCACUGGAACGCGUUUUAUGGCAGGUGUAGUACAGAUGAUCCCGGGAGUGAAGACCUUCCAUGUGUUCUGUAUGUCAGUGAUGGUGUCCAGUGGCUCUAUGGUAGUGUUAUCGUGGGCUGACUCCUAUGGAACGAUAGUUGCCUGCUUCACAGUUUAUGGACUGGGUGCAGGCGGAAUGAUAGCGACCCUUGGGAUUGUUAUCCUGGAAGUGGUUGGGGAAGACAUGUAUGCUGUGUCAAUGGGCCUUGGCGGUUUAGUCACUGGCGCCUCCAACACAACGCUAGGAAUACUAAUGGGGACGCUGUAUGACUCGACUGGAUCAUAUGAUCUUCCUUUGGUGAUAUUCGGCUCUGCGGGUGUGGGUGUCGUCUUUUUCCCAGUGAUCAUUCAGUGUGUGAAAUCCAUCGGCACACGGAAAUCUGUCACUAUUGCACAAAAAUAAUGUUCUACAUUUAUUGCCGACAUUCAAUGAAAUCACAAAUGGAACAUCAAACUAUCCAUGCAGCUUUUUAAAAAUAUUACUG